AUGGGAAUUACCAGUACUAUUACUCAUCGCCUUCUCACUUUAUCUCGCUCCGGCUUGAUACUCAACCGCGGGCUCAAUGCGUGUAUCAUCCCCGCUUUCAUCGUUACCAGCCGAUCUGUAGCCUCUGCAGCCGCUGCAAAGCCCACCACAAAAACCGCAGAUGCCGCUACACCUAAGACCGCUCCAAAAUCAUCCGCGGGAGGAAGAACCAAAGCGACUGCCACCGCCGAGGCUGCUGGUAAAACAGGAUCAACUACUAAAAAGUCCGCAACACCCAAGGCGGCCGCUAAAAACCCAGUCAAGAAAGUAGCUGCGAAGAAGGAACUCACAGAUGAGCAGAAGAAGAAGCUCUUGAUCAAGCAGUUGAGGGAGAAGGCACUAAAUCCGCCGCCCAGGCCUGGUGGCAGUGGGUAUACUCUGUGGUUUGGGGAACAGAUGCACAAGGAGAAGACGUCAGCUGCCGUCCUCGCGGUUGAAUGGAAGGCCCUGCCGCAGGAUGUGAAAAUUCCCUACAUGAAAAGAGCUGAAGAACAAAAGCCUAUAAGAGACCAGGAAUACAAGAAGUGGGUCAAGAGCUUGUCACCCUUGGUUAUCCGCGAAGCCAACAAUGCACGUCGUCGUCUCAAAGGCCUUGGCGUCAGUUCAAAAGUUAGCCCAAUCCCAGAUGACAGACUUCCAAAAAGAAUUACAACACCGCUCUUCAUGUAUUUCCGGGAGCAGUAUGGAACUGGGAGAAAGUUUUUUGAUGCGACAGGGAAGCCCAGCAUCGUAGCUGCCAGAAAGGUAAUGGGAGAGGAAUAUGAGAAGCUUCCGGAGAGCGAGAAGAAGCGUUUCGAGGAUAUGGUUAAGAAGAACAAGGAAGACUACAUUUCCGCUAUGGCAAAGCUGGAGAAGCAAAGGAAAGUUUGA